GGGUUUUAUUUGGGCGGAGACAAGAAUUUACAUACUCUGACACUGAAACAUCUUUAUUGAUUCUGACACUUCUACAUCCAACUCACAAAUGUGACCUUGCUUUGAUAAAAUAAAUUAUUCAUAUAACCCUUUUAGAAGUUAAGUUAUAGUCCUUUGUUUUGGGCAUGUCAUUUUCGAGCCUGAAACCUGAAAAACAGGCUUGGGGCUUAAGAGGUUAAGCCAUGCUGCUGUGUGUCUCUACAGGAUUUGAUGUGGCAGCUGCUGCAAGGAUUGGACUUCCUACACACCAACAUGGUGCUCCACCGUGACCUGAAACCAGAAAACAUCCUGAUCAGCAGCCGCGAAGAAGUCAAGAUCGCAGACUUUGGCCUGGCACGCAUCUACACCUAUAAUAUCGCUCUCACUCCAGGUGUGGUGACGCUUUGGUACAGAGCUCCAGAGGUGCUGCUGAACUCUGUUUACAUGUCAUCAGUGGACAUGUGGAGCGCUGGCUGCAUCUUUGCUGAGCUCUUCCUCCUGAGACCACUGUUUAAGGGAUACACAGAGGUUCAACAGCUGCAAAAAAUCUUUGAGUGAGUAUUUUUCC